AUGCGAUUGAAGGUGACGAUGGCGCGGGAGCCAAAACAUUGUGAUUCGGUGUUAGCAGUAGCGUGGGCGAGAAGUGACGAACUAGUCAGUGUUGGAGACGACCAGCAGGUGUUAAAAUGGAACUUAGUGAAUAGCGAUGUUCAGGUGUUAAUGCACUUACCCAGUUCUUUGUAUCCGACAGGUAUGCAGUGGUUUCCACACGAUGGCUUCAAACAACAAUUGAACGAUGUAUUUGCUCUGACAUCCACGGAAGGCAAAUUUUACAUUUGCAAUCGAAACGGACGCAUUGAAAAAGCUGUAGAAGCUCACAAAGGAGCAGUUUUAUCCGGUCGCUGGAGUCACGAUGGUUCUACUUUUGCCACUUGUGGAGAAGAUGGUGCGGUGAAGAUGUGGUCUCGAAAUGGUAUGCUCCGAAGUGUCUUGUUGGAGAAUGGUUGUCCUGUGUACGGGAUUUGCUGGAACAGCGAUGAUUCAUGCAUUGCUUUUUGUUGUGGUGAAAACUGUUCCACCAAAGUUCUCAAGUCGCAGAUAUCGCUUAUUAGAUGGAAGGCUCAUGAUGGUAUAGUACUAUGCAUUGACUGGAACGCCAGUACAAAUCUUCUAGUGAGCGGUGGGGAAGACUGCAAAUAUAAGGUAUGGGACGAAUAUGGACGUCCAAUAUACUGUAGUAGUCCACAAGACUAUCCAAUCACAUCAAUCGCAUGGAAUGUUGAUGGUGAUCUGUUUGCUGUUGGAUCUUUCAACCUUCUUAGAUUAUGCGAUAAAGCUGGAUGGUCUCAUUCAUUAGAGAAAUUAUCUACAGGAAGCAUUUACAAUAUUAGCUGGUCACCAGAUAGCACUCAACUAGCUGGUGCAUGCUCCGAUGGAAGCGUCUUGCAUGCUUAUUUAGUUGAGAAACGAAUUACAUGGCGAAAUAUUGAAGCGGUACAAACGAAACGUCAAUUAAUUGAUAUUCGUGAUGUACUUUCUGAUGUUGCUUGUGAAAAGUUGGAACUACGAGAUCGAGUCACAAAAUUUUCUCUUGGUUUCGAACAGCUUGUGGUAGCUACUACUAAGCAUGUAAAGAACUGGAAUACACCGAUUAUAAUGGAUUUAAAGAAUUGCAAUGUUUCGUUGAUUAUGCUUUGUGAAAAGUAUUUUCUGUUGAUCGAUGGCGGUCUAAUGCAGGUGUACAAUUAUGAAGGUCGUAUGCAAUGCUUGCUGAAACUACCGGCUAUGAAUAUAUCCGGUGAAGCGGCAAAUGAGAAGACGGCCGCUAUUUCAAAUGAUACAAUAGCUAUUCGGGAUCGAACGGAUUUGAAGACUGUAUACUUUUUUGAAACAGUCACUGGAAAGGGUGCUGGCAAUGGAAAACUUGUACAUACUAAUGAUAUAAUCGAAAUAGUGAUGGAUCAGUGUGGAUCCGUGAAUAAUCGAAAAUUAGCAUUUAUAGAUAAAUGCUUAGAUUGUUUUCUAGCAGUUGUAAAUACUUACGGCAUUUUUCGAAAAAUUGCCAAAAUUGGUGCGAUGGUGACAAAUAUUCUUUUUAACGAUCAAACAAAUAUGCUUGCUGGUUUGCAAGACAAUCGUCUUGUUGUAUGGUUAUUUCCAGCUACUGUCUUUAUCGAUCGUGAUUUACUCCAAAAAACAAUGUUUGAAGACGAUGAGAACGAUUUUGGGAAGUCUGCUUAUUUAUACAACUUUGUUGGCAGUCACAUAUCAAUAAGACGUUCUGAUGGCGCACUCAUACCUUGCACUAUAACGCCAUUUGCAUCUAUUUUGAACGCAUCUGUUAGUGCUAAUAAAUGGGAUCAAGCAAUUCGCCUAUGUCGACACAUGCGGGAGAGCUAUUUAUGGGGAAUGCUUGCGGUGAUUGCUACCGAUGCAAAAAAUUUUUACGCGGCUGAAAUUGCAUAUACCGCUCUUGACGAGAUCGAAAAGGUGAAAUUUUUAUCACAUUUGAGAGCAGAACAAAGUAAUGAAGUUCGAUUGGCAAUGAUGACUGCUUUUACAAAAAAUUUUAAAGAUGCAGAUGCUAUGCUUGUGCAAAACGGACAUAUCUUCCAUGCUAUAAUGCUCAAUAUUUCUUUGUUUCGGUGGCAGCGAGCGCUUGAACUGGCGAUAAAAUACAAGGUACAUUUGGAAACGGUGGUCGGUUAUCGGCAAAAAUAUUUGCAAGAGAUAGGGCGUAAAGAGAUAGAUCAGAGCUUCCUAAAAUAUCAGACCGAGGUGGAAAUCGACUGGAACCACAUCCAACAAAUCAUACGUGAAGAUGAAGCCCAGGAUUUUUGA